AUGAGCCGCCAUUUCUUGUAUUAUUGUGGUGAACCUACUCUGGAUGUGAAGAUUGCCUUUUGUCAGGUGUCCUUGGUUUCUCUGUUUUUACCAACCCCUCUCCCCUUCCCUUCUUCUGUACGACAGGGAUUUGGGAAACAAGUGGAUGUGUCGUAUAUUGCCAAACAUUACAACAUGAGCAAAAGCAAAGUUGACAACCAGUUCUACAGCGUGGAAGUAGGUGACUCGACCUUCACAGUCCUCAAACGCUACCAGAACUUGAAACCUAUUGGCUCUGGGGCUCAGGGAAUAGUUUGUGCUGCAUAUGAUGCCGUCCUUGACAGAAACGUGGCCAUUAAGAAGCUCAGCAGACCAUUUCAGAACCAAACUCAUGCCAAGCGAGCUUACAGGGAGCUGGUCCUCAUGAAGUGUGUGAAUCAUAAAAAUAUUAUAAGUUUAUUAAAUGUCUUCACACCACAGAAAUCUCUGGAGGAGUUCCAGGAUGUCUACCUGGUAAUGGAAUUAAUGGAUGCCAACCUGUGCCAGGUCAUUCAGAUGGAGCUGGACCAUGAGCGAAUGUCUUACCUUCUGUACCAAAUGCUCUGUGGAAUCAAGCAUCUUCACUCUGCAGGGAUUAUUCACAGGGAUUUAAAACCAAGUAACAUUGUAGUAAAAUCUGACUGCACGUUGAAGAUCCUGGAUUUUGGACUGGCCAGGACUGCAGGCACUAGCUUCAUGAUGACCCCGUAUGUGGUGACACGUUACUACAGAGCACCAGAGGUCAUCCUGGGAAUGGGCUACAAGGAGAACGUGGAUAUAUGGUCUGUGGGAUGCAUUAUGGGAGAAAUGGUUCGCCACAAAAUCCUCUUUCCAGGAAGGGACUAUAUUGAUCAGUGGAAUAAAGUUAUUGAGCAGCUGGGAACACCCUGUCCAGAAUUCAUGAAGAAGCUGCAGCCAACAGUACGGAACUACGUUGAGAACAGACCCAAGUAUGCUGGCCUCACUUUCCCCAAACUUUUUCCAGACUCUCUCUUCCCAGCGGACUCAGAACACAACAAACUCAAAGCCAGCCAAGCCAGGGACCUCUUAUCAAAGAUGCUGGUCAUUGAUCCUGCCAAGAGGAUAUCAGUAGAUGAAGCCUUACAGCAUCCGUACAUUAAUGUCUGGUAUGACCCAGCAGAGGUGGAGGCGCCUCCUCCUCAGAUAUAUGAUAAACAGCUGGAUGAAAGGGAACAUACAAUCGAGGAAUGGAAAGAGCUCAUCUACAAAGAAGUAAUGAAUUCUGAAGAAAAGACUAAAAAUGGCGUAGUAAAAGGACAGCCUUCUCCUUCAGGUGCAGCAGUGAACAGCAGUGAGAGCCUCCCUCCAUCCUCAUCUGUCAACGACAUCUCAUCCAUGUCCACAGAUCAAACCCUGGCGUCUGACACGGACAGCAGCCUGGAAGCUUCUGCGGGACCCCUCGGUUGUUGCAGGUGA